AUGCCCUACUUCUCCCGAAACCCCUCCUUCAACCUCUUCUACCUAGACGAAGGCCCUCGUACGGCAUCCCACACAGUCCUCCUCAUCACAGGCCUCUCGUGCGAAAUGCACGACUGGUCCUGGCAGGUCCCCUUCCUCCUUUCCCACAACCUCCGCGUAAUCUCCAUCGACAGCCGCGGUCAGGGCAAAUCCUCCGCCCCGGCGCCGGACCCCAAAAUCCGCACCUGGCCCGGCGUCGAGAAAUCCGCCGACGGGGAGGUGAUAGACUACUACCCGCAAUCCACAGCCGAAGACAUGCUCGCCAUUCUAUCACACCUAGGCAUCACCAAGAACCUCAUCGUCAUCUCGCAUUCCCUAGGUGAAGCGGCAGGGUACUACAUUGUCACCACUCGUCCGGACCUCGUGAAAGCAUCCAUCGGCGUAGACCCAAUCCACGCCUUCCCCAAUGCCAUCCGCGAACGCGACACCUACCUCUUUAACGACCCCGAAGCCCAGGACAAGAUCAUCCCGACUCUCAUCGAAUUCUUCGGCACAUACUGCUACUCCCCGGAAUGUCCAGCCUGGCAAAAGACGUGGCACCUCCGCCGCAUGGCACAGUUCGACAAGGCCGUCAUGUACGCCCUGUGUUGGGGUGGCUGGGGAGACGCGCAGAGCCUGGGCAGGCAAGAGAAUGCAGUCAAGGCCUUUGCGGGAAAGCUCAAGUUCCCGCGCCUAACGCUAGGUUCGAACGAAUGGUAUGUUGGUACUGACCGUGAUCAUCUGCCGAAGGGCGAUGAGGCGCUAGAUAAGAUUGUGGUGAUCGAGGGCAAGGGCCACUGGUUUCACCAGCUCGAGAGCGAGGAGUUUAAUGGGCAUUUAGAGAGGUGGUUUCAAAAGAUCGGCGUGCUCCCGGCGGUAGAAGCUGGCACGGCGUCAUGA